CACAUCUGAUAGCGGAACUGCUUGGCUAAAUAACAGGACUAGUUCCUCGUACAAACAAGUGAACUGUUCACCAUAUACGGUUGAGUUUGACUCAUGUAUUUAAUUGAUUUUCUGCUAUUCUAAACCGACAGAUGCAAAAUAGUGGGGUGGAACUUUUUGACAAUUUAUUUUUUAUGGGAUUGUGACUCAUGCAGCACUUGUAGUAUAGAUUUGUAAAGAGGUGCUACAGAAGAGGAAAUAUGGGGUCUGAUGAGGCCUACAACUUUGUUUUCAAAGUUGUUUUGAUUGGAGAAUCUGGUGUGGGUAAAAGCAACUUGCUGUCACGGUUCACCAAAAAUGAAUUCAAUCACGACAGCCGCACAACCAUCGGGGUAGAAUUCAGCACAAGGACUGUGCAGCUGAACGGUCUCACCAUCAAAGCUCAGAUAUGGGACACAGCCGGGUUGGAACGGUAUCGGGCCAUAACUUCAGCCUAUUACCGUGGAGCAGUUGGAGCUCUUCUGGUCUAUGAUAUUUCAAAGCACUUGACCUAUGAAAGCGCCGAGCGUUGGCUGAAGGAACUCUACGAUCAUGCAGAUCCUCAUAUCGUGGUGAUGCUCGUGGGCAACAAAACAGACCUGGGAGCAGUACGAUCUGUUCCAACAGAGGAUGCAAAGGACUUUGCAGAAAAGAAUGGUCUUCUGUUCAUGGAAACGUCAGCGUUAGAGUCAACAAAUGUUGAAGCAGCAUUCAACACUGUCCUUACAGAAAUCCAUAAAAAAGUGAACAGCAAAGAAGUGACUCGAGGGUCUUUAAAUGCCGUGACACUUUCCUAUCCUAAAGCUCCAACAGAGGAUACACAAGAGGAGAAGAAGUCCUGCUGCAAGAACAUCUGAUGGAGCUUUCCUGAUGGAACGACAUUAUGAAAGUCCUUGUGUAAAUUCAGGGUGCAGCGUAUAGAGCUUAGGAGGACCCAGUGUCUGUCAGCUCUCAGAAACAUCCUGAGUGAUAAAUAAUGAAAGGAAAUAAAACCAUUUCAUUGGCUGAUAAAGCCAUAUGAAUAUUACCAAUUAAAGGCAUUUUAUGUGUUUGUCAGGUUUGACAAGUAUAAAUGCCAAUUUUAUAUAAAUAUUUCCUCUUAUUUCUUUGCAAAAACAUUUUUGCAUGAAUAUUAUUUUAUUAUUAAAUUGUUAUUUAAUUACA